ACCGAGUCCCUGAGCACCACAGCUCCAUUCGCCCAGGCCUUGCACGGCUUUUUAUCGUACGGCACUUCCCAAACCAUUGACUGCAACCUUCCUGGCACACGGAGGCUCACAGUCUCGCCCGCAGGUGACGAGGCGGCGCUGGGGCGGGAGGUGCUCUGCCACAGCACCGCCUCUCAGCGGGGCCCGGGCGAGGAGGCUACGAGCCUCCCUCGAGCCGCCGAACCACAGGGGCACGCACACCGCACGGCAGCGGCCGCUGGAGCCGGGACCUCCUGCCCCUCCCCCGCUAACCCCACAGGCCCCUCACAGCGCCGGCCUGAGAGUGCAGGUGGAGAGGUCAUCAAUGAAAAUAAAUUUCUGAACACAGACUCCAGCACAGGAUCAGUGGAAACAGCCGUUAAGCCGUUACCAUUUAAAGAUCCAAACUUCAUUCACUCCAGCAUUGGUGGAGCAGCAGCUGGCAAGAAGAACAGAACUUGGAAGAACCUAAAACAAAUUCUUGCUUCUGAAAGGGCAUUGCCAUGGCAACUAAAUGAUCCUAGCUACUUUAGUAUUGACGCUCCUCCAUCCUUUAAGCCUGCAAAGAAAUAUUCAGACAUCUCAGGACUUCCAGCAAAUUACACAGAUCCCCAGAGCAAGCUGAGAUUUAGUACUAUUGAAGAAUUUGCCUAUAUUCGGAUGCUCCCUUCAGAUGUGGUUACAGGAUACCUGGCUCUAAGGAAAGCAACGAGCAUUGUUUCCUGAAAAGACCAAGUGUUGUUGUGUGUCACCUUUGAAUGGUGCUAGGUUUGAGAAUUAUGACAGAGACUGCCUGCAGGAUUGAGGUUCCUUCAAACUCUCCAUUGAUAUUUACAUCUGGAAGUUGUUGAUGACACAUGUGAUGACACAUGAAUGAACAUGUGGAUUUAAUUCUGACAAAUACUUAUAUUUGUUACUUUUCCAUUUUGUAAGCAAUUUGGUUUGGUGGCCAAGGUAACCUAAGACCUUAAGGACAUGGAUCAGCACUAUAAUGUCCAAGUUAUAUGUAAUUUCUUUAGAGACAGAAUUUCAUUCCCACUCUAUAUAUAAGGUACUGAUCUGGCUCAGAAGAAUAAACAGCCAGUUAAAUAAAGGAAAAAGCUCCAAGACAUUCCAGCUUCUAAGACCUGCCUUGCAGAUGUGCUUUCCAUUUGGCUAUGAAGAAGCUUGUCCCACCUGGAAAAAUCCAAGAUAACAUACCAACUAAGCGCUGCUAUUGGGAUGAAUGCUUAUGGUACAGAGCACUAUGAACAGCUGCACACAAAUAUUUGCAUUGAAGAAUGGUCAGCAUACAUAAAGGUGGACUCAAAUUCAUUUAAAAUAUCUUAAUGAGUACUUGUGGCUUGAGUCCAUUACAUCACCAGGAAAUUCUGAGUUGUGACAUUUGGUAUUUUUUGAGUGCUUCCUUCCACAACUCAACUGUUCUGCCUCUGCUAGUUGGUUCAUUAUUAUUACUAAUUAGUACAGAAAAAGUACUUAUUUCCCAGUCUUUUUAGGAAAGGAUGCUAUAAUAGCAGGAAUUCCUCUGACCAGUGGCAUUCUGACACUCACAGUCUUCAGUAAGGCAGGACACUGACCAUUGCUCUCUGAAGUAACAGGAGAGUAUGCGAGAGCAACUGAAGGUCAGAGAAAGGAGAAGGAAGGAGAGCUCAGCCUCUUGGUGGGGGUUGACAAGUACUUGCUGACAUCAGAAACAAUUGUGAUUUUCUGAAACUAAGCUGGGGGGGUGGGGGCGGGAAGGAAGUGGGCAGUCCUCACUUCAUCCAAGUUCCAUCAUGGACAUCAUGACAUUAUGCAAGUCCUCUCUUGGAGGGCACAAGGAGCACCCUUGUGGCACUAGCUAAUGUCUAAACUGCAUUUUCAAUGCACAUUUCUAUAGCAAUGAUAAUUUUUGAAACAGACGUUUUCUCAUUGAAAGAAUAAGUAACGCUAGUUUAAUCUCAACUCUAAAACAGGAAAAAUCGCUUAACAAUGGGGUACAUUGUUCAGUGAAUGUAUGUGGGACUCAUUCCUUGUUUUUUGUGAUCUAAUAUUUACAACAACGAAGUAAUUUGAAAAGUCUUUGACAUGUUUACAAUAGAUCCGUCAAAGAUCUGGAUACCAGAUAAUGCUGCAACUGUAUCACAGAACAAAAAAUAAUAGGACAGGAUAUCUUCCUUCAUGCCAGUAGGCAUCCAAGCCACAUUCUCUUUGCAUUUGAGUUUUAUAAUGGCUGUUUUAACAGAAGAUAAGUUUGUAAGAUAAGCUUAACAUUGAUAUGAAAAGCAAAUACAGAACUGCUCUAAGAUCACUUCUGCUUUAAGUAAACAGACACUAGCUUAGAAAAUGAGAUUUCACCAGCUUGCUCUCUCCCACAAGUAUUUUCAGCAUUCUUUGAGAAUGACUGUUUAGGAGUACAGUCUCCCUCCCUAUCAGAAGUGUUCCAGGACUCCUGCACUGAAUGCAAAAGUGUUACUUUUCUCAGCUAAUUUCUACUGAACAGUAUUUAUGCAAUCCAUUUUCAAAACCUAAGUGUCUUGAUGAAUUGGCAUCAGAUAAGUAAACGUGGCUCUUAAAUUUGGCAAAAAUAUUAUUGACUCCUCAGUGCUUUCUAACCAUGCCAUGGCUACUGGAUUCCCUUCUCACUCCUUGUUUUUAACUUUGUUUGCUGCAGGCCCUCUUUUCUUGCUAUGCAGCACACCACUUACUAGGCUGUGCACUGUUCGUUUAAAGUCAGCCACUGAAACCAUGCAAUUUUACACUGAUUAACAGCAGUUGACUGUGUGCAGCAGUUAAAAGGUAUUUGUUUUAGCAGGAAGGUGAGAACAGAAAAGAUCCAGUAGCCAAUGCGUUGAUCAGUCCAACUAAGUUCUUUUUGGGAAUAGUUUUUGGGCUGCUGUUCUCAUCAGUGGCUUCUGGGAGAGAACUGCGCAACAGCAGCAUUGCUGCACGGAGCAGAAAAUAUGGAUAAGUGAAGAGCUACUCUGUGCCACAGAGUAUUUUUAAAGUGUGUAUUAUUGUCAGCCUCAGAAGAACUGAAAAUUGAAACAUACAUUUAUAUUUAUUUAUAUCCAGGACAUAAGUAAAAGAAGCUGAAUUUAAAUUGCAGAGAGGACUAAAGAAAGGCAUUUAAAAAGACAAGCAAUGACAAAUACCAUUUCAGACUUUGGGAAAAUAUGUUUCAACAAAUACUGCUGACACAUAUGUAAAGUGAAAAAGCCAGCAGUCACAGUAAUGACCAAUCUGUUGAUGUACAGAUGUUACUGCCUACAGAGUAUCACCUGGGCAUGCUACAUACUACAGACAUGGAUGGCUUCAGCCUGCAGCUUGUGGGGCAGCAAUGCUGGCGGCAACAUUUCCAGAGGGAAGGCGUGUGCUGCAGACAGCUGAGAGCAGCAGCUUUCGCAGCAGCCGUGGCUGCUGCCUCCACCCUUCCCAUCCCCUUCCAGAUGGGAGAGCAGGAUUGCCUUGGCUCCUUCCUUGCUGCUUCCCUGCUAGUUUGUACAGCCGUUCUGUGCUUGAAAGCUCCCUGCCUCUGCCUUAGCCCCACAUCCUGGAGAUCGCCAGAGUGCAAUUUAGAGAGUUACUGCUCAUUUUGGAAUCCUGUCGUUUCACUGUCCUAUAUUCCCAUUUUCUCCUCUGGCAGGAUUCUAGACACCCAUAGAAUUGCUACACGCGGUCUUCCACAGAUAAGAGUAGCAGGUGUGUGAAGGAAUAUAGGCCUUCAUCUUUUUUGACAGAGACCAGUAAGUCUCAAAGCUCUUACAGCACAAGAUGACUAAAGUAAGUGCAAAGGACAGGACUCUGCACUGGUGAGGCCGCACCUUGAGUUCUGCGUUCAGUUUUGGGUCCCCCACUACAAGAAGGACAGACAUUGAGGCCUUGGAGCGUGUCCAGAGAAGGGCAACAAAGCUGUGAGGGGUCUGGAGGACAAAUCUUAUGGGGAAGGGCUGAAGGAACUGGGAUUGCUUAGUCUGGACAAGAGUAGGCUCCGGAGAGACCUUAUUGUUCUCUACAGCUACCUGAAAGGAGGUUGUGGUGAGGAACUAUUUACCCUCUUCUCCUAGGUAACAGUGACAGGAUGAAAGGUAAAAGCCUUCAGUAGUGCCAGGGGAAGUUCUGUUUGGAUAUUUGGAAAAACUUCUUCUCUGAAAGAGUGAUGAGAUGAGACACUCGAACAGGCUGCCUGAGGAGAUGGUGAAGUCACCAUCCCUGGAGGUAUUCAAGAACCAUGUGGAUGUGGCACUGAAGGACAUGGUCAGUGGUAUGGUGGGAGUGGGUUGGUGGUUGGACUAGAUGAUCUUAAUGGUCUUUCCCAACUUUAACAAUUCCAAGACUUCUUAGUAAUGAAAAAUAUCAAAGUAAAAAUGAACUAGCAUAAGGUUAAAAAGCUUUAGUAAAUCCCUUCUAUUAAGAAAAAAGCUCAAACUCACUGCAUAAUUAUAUUGUUUUUUCUUGAAGAUUUAAGGUAGUAAAUUAAUCCAACAAUAAUUUAUUACUAGAAAACUUAAAAUUGCCUCUAAUGUACGUGGUUUACAUACCCAGACAAAAUAGCACAUAGCUUUUUCAUUCUGAAGCAUUUCAGGGAAGAAGCCUUACAGACGAUGUUAGGUUCCAGGAAAAAUAAAACAAAACAUAAAAACAACUGACAACUGACUUCGUGCUCUGUUAACCAAGAACAGUCAAGCGGUAUUCUGCAUUACUUCUGAACAGUUCAGUCACCCCAGGAUGAUGAUACAGCUAUUAUUAGAAUUGGGAGAAAUCCAUUAUUUCCCUCAUUUUAGUGUGUGUCACAAUUACAAACCACUUUUUCUCUGCUAGGUGGGUGGGCUUCAACAGAGUAAUACAUCUUCAUGCAAUAAAACACUGAAGUCCAUUUGAUAUCUUUAA